UGCAUGGCCAGGCUUGUCGGUAACCUUAAGUGGUCUCAUUCGACCUUCUUGGAGAAAAGUGAAUCUGUAACUCUGUAUAGGAAGGCGUCAACAUCCUAACCAGAGGCGGCUAGUCUGCUUCUUUAGGGCCUAGAUAAACAAGUUACCGAAAUGGGCUAGCGUGGAGGCAAGCCUAUCCGGGGAUAGCAGCACUAAUCCGAGAAUAGCAACAAAGGGACUAAGCUUCUCCCGGUUAGCCUUGAUCUGGCUCUAGCGUACCUCGUGAUUCUGGAUUCCAGAAGCCUCAGACCAGGAGAAACAUUCCAAAAUCCCUCGUCGAACGCUAAAUUGCGGUCGCCUCAUUCUCGGGAUCUCACUCCCACGCCUUCGUUUUUGCGAAAUACAUCAGUCAUUCGCUGCGGACUUUUCAGUGGAUUCCGCGGAAGUCAUAUUUGGCUCACUAGAAACCCGCCCCCCGUCCGUCGUUGUGGAGACGGCUCGGAUCCGCUCACCUUGCGAUAUCAUCGAACGAUCCAAACAAACCUACCGCUAUCCUACUCUCAGCUUCAACGGGUUGUCGAGAUGGGGUUCGGUGACUUCGACACCAUCUGCCAGAAGGCAGCGCUGCCGCUGUGCUCCCUCGUGGGUCCGGCCUCCUCGAUAUCAGGCGCAACUGGCAUCAUCCCCAACUGCUACGCGCGAAACAUCGAGCUGGCCAACACAAUCAUUUUCGAAGGCGCCGCAUCUUUCGUUCACAUCAUUGCGCUAGGCAUGACGGUCAUCAUGAUCCUGCACAUCAGAUCCAAGUUCACCGCCGUCGGUCGCAAGGAAAUCAUUACCUUCUUUUACAUCUACAUGCUCUUGACAAUGUGCUCUCUGGUCAUCGACGCCGGGGUGGUCCCGCCUCGGAGCGGCCCGUUCCCUUAUUUCGUCGCCGUGCAAAACGGACUGACCUCCGCCCUGUGCACGAGUUUACUUGUCAACGGAUUCGUCGGAUUCCAGCUCUACGAGGACGGAACAGCACUGUCAGUCUGGCUCCUGCGUCUAACCUCAGCAGUGAUGUUCGCCAUCUCGUUCGUCAUCUCCCUCCUAACCUUCAAGUCAUGGGGCGGACUCAGCCCCACCAACACCAUCGGCAUGUUCAUCGUCCUGUAUCUCCUCAACGCCAUAUGCAUCGCCGUCUACCUCGUCAUGCAACUCCUACUGGUCAUGAAUACGCUCGAGGACCGCUGGCCCCUCGGCCACAUCGUAUUCGGCCUCCUUGUCUUCAUAUGCGGUCAGGUGCUCCUCUACGCUUUCAGUGACACCAUCUGCGAGAAUGUCCAGCAUUACUUGGAUGGCCUGUUCUUCACCUCCAUCUGUAACCUGUUGGCCGUCAUGAUGGUGUACAAGGUACGUCGGUCUUGGUUUCUAUUAUCUAAACCCUGCUCCACCUUAAUCAAACGGCGCGCUGAUCAUCCGCAGUUCUGGGAUUACAUUACAAAAGAAGAUCUCGAGUUCUCCGUCGGCAUUAAGCCAAAUACGUGGGAGGUCAAGGAAUUACUCCCAGAGGAAGACCGUCGGGCGACUACUUACCAGGACACAAAUUCGGAGUAUGCCGGAAGCAUGUAUCAUCACCGCGCAUCAGCCUACAACAGUCACAAUUGUUAAAUUUAGUUAAAUUCCAUUAGGUGUGAUCGGAUUUAAGGUGAGAGUCAUUUUUUCUUUCCCCUUUUAUUUUUUCUUGGGUCUUGCUCGCAGCGAUAGUCGU